ACCUGUGUGCAUGUAAAUGACAGGAGGGAGUGGAGAGAGAGAGAGAAAGCGGGCUGCGGGAGGAGGAACGGGGGGUGGGGAGACAGAAAGUGGGGGCACUCGCCGACACAACGGAGAACACUUUUUUUGGUGAUCGAAGGGACCUUGUGUGGUUCCGAGCAUCUCCCUCCGUCCCCCGGUUGAGUUUAAUGUGUCAGACCGGCGUUGGUCGCCGUCACACCCUGAACAUUAUUUAUAACCGACAACAAAAUUGGAUGGGACGCAGACACACACACACACGGGCAAGACAAUCCCGGAAAUAACAUGCGUACUCUCAGCCUGUCACGUACGCUCACUGUGGAUUUGCAUUGCUGUAGGCUGCCGUAGAUAUCCUACACAGCCACAAAAUGUUUAUAAGACGGAUGAAAACAAAUACGCAGCUUGAGAGCAUUAAAUGAGAGUAACGGGUGAAAUAAAAGCAAGUAGAAGACGACUUGGACAUGAAACUUGUGGCUGUGGUAAAGAUCCUCUCCAUCAGAGAAAGCAGUGGCUCAGCUGGAAAAUGAAGCGAGGACGUGAGCUACGUGCGCAUCCAGCAGAUGACGAGAUGAAAUGGAGAGCUUGGGACACACGGACCUUUUAAACCCAAGCUCUUCCCGCGGAUCCGUCGCUGUUUCACCCUCGCAGGAGAGAAAGACGAGCGGCCAGCAGCUCGUCUGUGGAGCGGCAGAGAUUCACCACACGUACGGAGCGGACAUGGGGCUUAACGGUUUCUGCGCGGCGCCGGUCGGGAGUCCAACAGCCGCGGAGUUACUCGCGGGUCUGGCCUCUCAGACCGACUCCCCUGCAAUCACAACCCCGACGAAGCAGUCCAAAACCGGCGUCCCUCUCUACAACGGCGGGGUGGUGUCUCCAUCUGCCACCGUAGAGGGGAGCCACGCAGACGUUUUGGCUCACACACCAAACGGUUACCCGGCACAAAAUAAGGGGGUGGCGGGGGUGACAGGCGGCCCUAUGUACCCCCUCACCAGCAGAGCGUCUCUGGUGGAGAGCGGGGACAGGACAGCUCAUGAGAAGUGCCCUUUAGUGAUGAGGAGGAUCAAUGGUGACCUGAAAGCCAGACAGAUGCAACAACAGAAACGGAGAGGUGGGGAGAACCGGGACAUGGGGUCAGGUACUCUUAAUGGUCUCAUAAUAGGGUUACCAGGGUUAGAGAGUUCUGUGGACCCGGUUUUUGCUUCGGGAGACUCAGACUUUAAACGGAGAAGGUUGGCAGAUGGAAGUGUUGCUCACAAAUCUUCAGAGGCCUCCAGAGUGGCCCGAGCAGUCUCCCCGCUCACAGUCACAGUAAACUGCAGCAACAGUUCCCAUAGCAACCAAAUGACUGUCAAUCAUGUGCACUGUGUCACUCCCCAAUCUCCCUUCACCCCUCCUGCCCCUCAUACUAACCAGCACAACGGACAUAAGGUGCCCUCCCCAGUCCCGCCAGUUGCACCCACCCAGACCUCCCCCGUUGAGGGUAACUGCAUACCGACCCCACCGCCUUCUGCAGGGGCUGGCUGGUCAGCAGAGCGCAUCGCCCAGCAGUACAUCGUCCCCUGCAUGAAAUACUAUGGCAUCUGUGUGAAGGACAACUUCCUGGGCCCUCAGCUGGGCGACGGGGUCCUGCAGGAGGUGGAGGUCCUAAACCGCAGCGGGAAAUUUCGGGGCGGGCAGCUGGUGAGCCAGAAGAGCAUUCCCUCUCGGAGCAUCCGGGGCGACCAGAUCGCCUGGGUGGAGGGACGAGAGCCCGGGUGCGAGAGCAUCGGGGUGCUGAUGGCUCACAUUGAUGAGGCCGUCAUGUACAGCGCUGCCAGUGGACAGCUGGGGGACUGUGUCAUCAAUGGACGCACUAAGGCCAUGGUUGCCUGUUAUCCAGGUAACGGGGCAGGGUACGUCCGCCAUGUUGACAAUCCUAACGGUGACGGACGCUGCAUCACGUGUAUCUACUAUCUCAACAAGAACUGGGAUGUCAAGAAACAAGGAGGGUUGCUGCAGAUCUACCCUGAAGGCAAAAAUGUGGUAGCCAACAUCGAACCUCUGUUUGACCGGCUGCUCAUCUUCUGGUCUGACCGCAGGAACCCACACGAAGUCAAACCAGCCUAUGCCACUCGCUAUGCCAUCACAGUCUGGUACUUUGAUGCCAAAGAGAGAGCUGAAGCUAAAGAGAAGUACAGAUUGGCAACAGGACAGAAAGGUGUUCAAGUGCCUGUCACUCAAAACAGCAGGACAUAAAUCUCAUCUAAUCACUGGAGAGCACUCCGAAAGUAUUAUGUGCCUUCCUGAACUGCUAAUGGACGUCAUGAUCACAAAGGGAGACACCGUUAAACUGUCAGUCAUCACUGCAGCUCUGUGCCACUUUUACAGUGUCAGCUGUGAUGUAAUGUUUUCCUGCCAUGUGAUUGGUCUGCUGAACAAAGACGUGGCAGAUAUAGAGCAAAACGGACUGGAUUGUGUGGCAAAGGUGAGAUCAGAAUUACGUGUCAUGGCAAAAGAAGAAGAAAGUAACUUCGAUGUCUCCCUGAAUCAUGUAUGAAGACUGCAAACUGAAAAAAAAACAGACUCCUUAAUUUUAUUUUGUUGCAGUUUUGCCUGUUCAGUUAUCAGUGAUGUUGUGAUGUAUUGAGAAAUCAUUGUUUUACUCUGCUCUGGUGUAAUUUUCAAUUAAAACACAAGGAGCAUAAAUGAUGAAUCAGUGGACAGACAGUGGGAAAAGGGGGCACAAGGAGUUGACAUCAGUGGCGUAAUCCCUGAAAUUUCUUAUUUCCCCUUGUCUCAUGAUGUGGUCCCCUUGUCUCGCGAUGUGGGCAAGUGUGUACUUGUGGUCAGCAUAAAGGCAGAGGCACAGAAAAGAAAUAGUCCUUAACAACGCAUCAAAUGGUUGUCAGCCAUGAUACAGUGGAAAGUUGCCCUAUGUAACUCAUUCAGUCAGUCUUGGCUCAAGCACUAAACCUAAACAUUACAGGGACGUUACUUAAAAUUUGCAUGAGGACAGCUCAACACCAUAGUUUUACUCUGUAUAGCACACUAAGUAGAGUUCAGGAAGUAUUCCAGGACUUUCUUUUACAAUAUCUGGCUAAAACUAAAAAAAAUUUGUAACGGCUUUAAAAUGUUAGUGCGACAAAAUUACUUAUCCAGCAUGGACAUACAUUUUUUUUUUUUUUUUUUUAGUAGUUGUAAUGUAUGAAACAUUAUUAGGAUGUUAGGACUGCACCUAGAGUACACAAAGCUUUUCUACAUAACUGAUGUGUAGUGCUGUCUGUAUGAAUGAAAUACACGGCUCACACUUGAGACAAGAGGCAAGCUGUCCAGUGACAGGGGUCAAAACAGGGUUUGAUGAAACAGAGGGUGUUUUCUGUGUUGGUGUGCGUGUGUAUGUGUGUAUGUGCUCAUUAGCCUGUAUGCACAUCCAGCUUGACUCCUGUUCUUAACAAGAUGAAAACAGUAUGUAUCACCGGUUUGGACACUGUCAGACAAACCUUCUGCCCAAACAAACACACAUACCUGACCAUUUACAGUACAAAGCACAGAGUUAAGCACACACUGUAUGGGAACUGCAGGGUCAAACUACUGCCUGCUGUGUGGGAUUGAGUAUUUGUGUGUAAAUGUGUACUCGCACAUGUAUGUGACAAUUUCCACUGUCUCAGAGAGGGUUGCAGGUAUUGUCUCAGUGUAUUUAAAUUGGUUAAAAUAGAAGGUUAUUUGAAAAGCACUUUAUUGUUUGAAAUGCCAUGUGUGAAUGAUACAAAAAAAUACAACUAAAAAUUUUGAUUAAUGCCUUUAUGCUGUGGAUAAUAUGGUCAUUCAAAUGCAAUAGAAACUAAAAUAAUGAGAACAAAUGGAAAUUGUUCGUCUAUUUUUAUUUUUUUUAUUUUGGAGUAUUUAAUUAAAACCUGUCUGUUUUUGUACACAAA